GAGCUGAGCAGAGCGGCGGGGACCGGGACCUGUUCCCCGCAGCAGCAGGGCUGGGGUCCCGCAGCCCCGCGCUGCCGCUCUCCUCCAGCGGGAGGGGAGAUGCUGCUUGCCCGCAGCCGCCUGGGGCUGCUGCUGCUCGGGGCGCUGCUCACUUUGCUCCUGUACCUGUGGCUCCCGGCCGCCCGGCGCUCGCGGCCUGACGAGGGCAGGCGGGCUUGGCGGGCGGCCAACGGCACCGUGCGGGCGGGGAUGGCUGCGGGAGAGCCCCCCGUGUUCUACAGGGAGGUGCCCGCAGCGGCUGUGGGCCCCGGGAGGCCUGAUGUCCUGUUCCUGCACGGCCAGGCGUUCACCUCCAAGACGUGGGAGGCCUUGGGCACACUGGCGCUGCUUGCUGGAGAAGGCUACCGUGCCGUUGCAAUAGACCUGCCCGGCUACGGGGAUUCACCCCCAGUGGAGAACGCGCUGACAGCACAGGGCCGGAGGGCUUUCCUGGACCACGUCCUGCAGGAGCUGGGCUUGCAGAAGCCUGUUCUCAUCAGCCCCUCCAUGAGCGGCCGCUUUGCCCUGCCCUUCCUCAUGGCACACGGGGACCGGCUGGCCGGCUUUGUGCCCAUCGCACCUGUGGGCACCAAGGACUACACUGCCGAGCAGUACCGGCGAGUCCAGACACCCACCCUGAUCCUGUAUGGUGACCAUGACACUGGCCUGGCUCCCCAGGCCCUGCAGAACCUCCAGCACCUCCCUAAGCACCGUGUGGCCGUGCUGUCUGGUGCUGGCCAUGCCUGCUACCUGGACAAGCCAGAGGACUUCCACCGGGCCCUGCUGGGCUUCCUGCGCCAGCUGAAGUGAGCACUCCUCCCUGCCAAGCAGAAGGGCUGGGGCAUCCGAGGGACUGGGAGGCACAGACGGCUG